CAACAACUUCAACAAUAGUUACUGCAGGUAGCAAUUCAAGAAACACAGUAGUCAGCCUACAUCCACUGUCACUUGCUGCUGAGGCUGAUGUUGAAGAUAGCUUGUCAACAAUAACGCAAAAUACUUUGAUGAGUAAUAAUAAAAGCUUAGAGUCAUUUCAUAGUACAAGCACUGAUAUUAUAUGAUAAGCAUCCAGAAAUUGCACCAGAUGAAUUUGCCAACUUCAUACAAACGAUGGGAGUCAAUGCUACAAGACGUAGGUCUUCAAGUAUACAUAGAAAGAAAUCUAUCCUAUCCCAUUCCGUGAGCUCUACAUCAACUUUUAAGGAUGGCGAAUCAACAAUGGAUGAUGACGUUGAUGAAAAGCAAGAAGAAGCGGGUGGCGAAGAUAUAUCACUCAGUCGAACCUUAUCAGAAAAGAAAAGACUAUUUUUACAAAAAGUAUUGAAGGACGAUCAACAUACAGACAUGACAGAUAGCAGCAAUAGUAAAAAUACAGAUGCAUUUGAUCGCGAUUCAACUUCAAUUGAUGAUUCCCGUAUUAAUACUUCUCGGGCCGACAGAUCUUUACUGCGUCGAUCUGCUUUUUCUGCUCGGGGCAGAAGUCGCAGAUCAGUCACCAAUAAUAGUAAUAGAGCUGUCGACGGAAUAGCGGGGGAGAUGGAUGGCAUUUCAUCCACUAAAUUCCACCGACGUUCUUUAUCACAAAGAGAAGCAGCAACAGCAGCAGCAGUUAUAGAUUUCUCAUUGGAUCCUGAUAGCAGUAGUAAUGCUUUCACCCCCUCCCUCACCAAUUUUACUAGAAGCAACAGUACUGCAAGCAGUAGAAGUAGCAGCACCACAAGCACUUCUGCAGUUAUGUGGGAUAAAGUCAAUGGCAUAAGUCUGAUGGAUCAAUCUACCAGAAAGGCAGACUAUAUUGAUAUGGGAAAUGAGUUGGAGAACCCCACUUUGCCGAUGCUUUCACGUGUGCAAGAAGCGGAGUCACAAGUUUUGUCAUCGUCGUCAUCGCAGCUGAUAGCUGAAGAACAGUUAGACAAUAUCAGUAUAAAGUUAGACAAAAAAGAAGACGUAUUGCCAUCAGCAGUAUUGAUAACAAAGGAGAAGCUAGAAGAUGAGCUCAUAGUAAAAGAACCAGAGAAACCUGUAAUACCUGACGACGUCAUUACUGAGGAAAAAAAAGAGGGGAAGCAACCAAAAAUGGAUGAGGAAAAGGACGAAACGAUUAUCACAGCUAUGACAACGACAGAAAUGGGCGCGACGCUAACGAAAAGCGAUGCUGAACAAAAGUUAAAGCGGCCUACAAUUAUCCGCUCUGAAUCGGAUAUUGUUAGUGCCGCCAAGACUAUUCCUGCAACUACAACAUCCAAACCGGCUAAACGAAACUCAUGGUUUUCGGGUCUAUUUACAAACAAUACGAAUGACAAGAAGACGAGCCUUGCUACUAAAAAAGAGAAAGAAAAAGCUAAAAAGGCAGCUCCUACAACAACAGCCGUUACUACCACUAACAACAACACUGCUGCUUCGGCCUUUUCAGGAUUCGCAUCUAUAUUUACGCGAUCUUUGUCUAAAUCCUCGGGUUCAACUCCAACAAUUACUCCUGCGAACAUUACCUCUAAAUCAAAGUCCAAGCAAAAAUCUGCGAAUGAAUAUCAAAAGAAGAAGAAUGCUUCUGUCGACAGCAGCAGGAAUAAAGCAAACGAUAAAACCAGCAAAUCCAAAUAUCCUACUCCUCCUACUCAUGCAGUUACCGUUUCUACCACCUUACUAUUUAACUCUAAUAGAUUACCACUUCACGUUGAACGUGCAAUUUAUCGACUUUCACAUAUGAAGUUAGCAGAUAUCCGCAGGCCUUUACGUCAACAAGUGUUGAUAUCCAAUUUGAUGUUUUGGUAUCUAUCUAUUCAGCAAAGUGCUUUUCGUAAUCAAACAACUUCUUUGAUACCAGAGCAUCAACAACAACAAUCUUCAUCAUAUAACAAUAUACCCUCCUCAUUACCAAAACAACAACAAUCGACAGCAAAGAAACCUCCUAGUAAAAUGUCAAAGUUUAUAAGCUCAGCGAAAAAACGUAGAAAUGAAAUGGCACAGUUUGUUCAAAACUAUCCGGUUGUAAGCGUAGAAAUCUACCAACGUUACCUCCUCAUUAUUAUCGAGCGAACAGUACUCACUCUAUCAAACAAGACGAAUUCGAAAAUAGAGAAGCUGAUGAGGAAGAUGAUAUACCUUUAAGCCAGUAUAGGACAUAGUCACUCGAGAAUAUAUUCAAGCCACUAUACAUAUAUCUACUUUACCACUACCUUUUUCUUUUCAUUUUAGUAUCCUAUUUAUUAGCCUCACUCAGUUCUACAUUAAUUAAUUUAUAAUGACACACUUUCAAAAGCGAACUCAUGCUCUCUUCUCCUGACGUAUUUAACUGUCAUCGGUACUAUAAUUUUCAUACUACUUCUACUUUGUGCAAG